AUGGCAUAUUCAAGCCAAACAUGGCUUGCUGUGUUCGAAGUGGUGCUGAUAAGGUUUGACGACACUACGCCCAAGCCGAUGAAGCAGGUCCUCAACGGCCUUUUCAAGUUUCUUAAAAAGCACCCAGAUGCUACUGAAGCCCAACGAAUAGAAGCCGGAGUCAUGGACAAAAUUAUGCCUAGUAUCAUCCUGGCAGAUAAAUCACGGUUGAAAUCAUCUCUCGUCUCUCUAGAAAGACUUUUACGAGAAAGUGAAGCAGACAUCAAAGCAUUCCGAUCCUUCAUCGCGGACUUGCCAUUGGACCCAGUCUUAACGGGUAAUAUGGAAGGUUCGGGAAGCGUUGAUGAGUUCAUUCUUCUUUUCUCUGCAUUGGGGGUUGGUAAGAAGAUCGGCUUUGUGCAUGAAGAUCAGUUCGAGAAACGAACAGCUGCGACAAGGAACGUGGACGUUGCAGACAUACUUAUUCUAAAAAGUGAUGUACUUGGUCGCUUUUUGCUUCACAACGAACCGAGAGUAAGACUGUUGGCCCUUUCACUUCUGACAACGGCACCCGUUAUGUCGAAACCUAUAUCUGCAAUUGCCUUGAACAGUAUAUUGGAUGGUCUUUAUUCCAUUAACGCCGACUCCGACGCAUUCAUUCGCCAGGAAACGAUGUCUUAUAUGCGUAGACUUAUGUUACGUUUGCGAGGACCAGGAAUUCUGAAAGAUUUCAUGGAAAAGGAAGGAAAGGAUAGUAAGAUAUUUAUGGAGCAUUACGUCGAUUUCCUUGAGAAAGAGCUGCUCCCAACCGCUUCCUACCAACGCCAUAUAUCGGCGCUGAAAUCGAUAUCACUUGUGUUGAAAACUGGUAUCGACCCAAAUGCUACUCAUGUUCCAGAAGAGGAGCAGGUGUUGUGGCGGUACAAAGUGAAUAUUCUGCGGCCCAGUCUUUUCAGACUACUAGUGGAUCUUCUCCUAGACCCAUUUGAAGAAGUCCGAGCAACCGCUCUUGCACUUAUUGUUGUUGCGGAGAAACUGGUGACUGCACUGUCGAGGGCUGAGGCGCUUGCUAGUGGAACCAGUCGAGCAGACCAUGCGGAUACGGUUGCUAGACUGUACCAUGCCUUAUAUUCAACAGCCAAAGACGGACACGAAACAGGGGCUGUAGAUUCUUGGUACAGUACGAAGAUUGGCGUCGCAAAUGAGAUUUUACGAAGACUUGAGGUCAAGCUUUCUCAGGAGACAGGGCUUUUUCAAGCCUCUGUUAGAGACGCACCACUUCAUGGAAAUACGUCUGCCCUAAGAUACAUCGUGGCAACUCCAAACUUCUAUGCGACAAUCUCAGGUUCAACAGACGAAUAUGAUUCAUCGUGGCGAAAAGUGCAUCAUCGAAUCGUAUCAAUAUGUGAAAACAUUUGGACAAAGGUCACGCCAGUUCUGUGCAUCGACUCGCCCGAAGGGCAUACCGAUGAGCUUAUAGAAGAUUUCAUGGUUGGACCAAAGGACUUGUUGUCCUACUCGUGGCGUGCCCUCAAGGAUUCGAGUCUUCUGCUUCAUGCUAUUGUUUCAAAUGCGACUUAUGCGCCAAAUGAUGGGCUCCGACGUGCUGAUUUUGAGACCAUUGGUACUCUGAGCUUCGUUCAGUUGUCGGAACUUAGACACCGUGGUGCUUUUAGUACUGUUGCCCAGACAUUUGCAGCAUGCUGUCUGCGGUGCGCUGAAAACAAAAACUCUGAGAUUUCCAGUCUUCCGGAUAUGUGGUACCAGAACUCAUUGAAGAUGAUACAACAUCAUGCUUCCAAGCUGACACGAAGAUCUGCUGGCCUUCCAGCUCUUGUGACUGGCAUAUGUAUUUCUAAGUCUGGAGACCCCUUGUUUGGCAAAAUCAUGGACGAUCUACAGAAUAUUGCAAGCACACCAGCCGUCCAAGUGUCUAGCUACAAUGAGCUUUCCCUGCCACAAGUUCACGCCAUGAACUGCCUCAAGGAUAUUCUCGCAACUUCGAAAUUAACUUCUUGCACCGAGAACUAUAUCAUGCCUGUUCUCAGAUUCGGAGCAGACUCUUUGAGCUCCCCAAUUUGGGCGAUCCGAAACUGUGGACUCAUGCUUUUCCAUGCCUCAAUGAAUAAAAUGUGCGUACGUCGCCCAGGAGUACCGUUUGGAUUUAGUGGAGAUUCAGGUGUCGAGCCCAAUAUGUCACUCGCUUUUCCGAAAUAUGAAGGUUUGACACAACUUCUUGCUCAAUUACUUGCAUCUGCAGACGAAGCUCGAGACGGUGGCCGGGAACCCGAACAGGGAUUACUAGCUUCUAACGAGACCGAAAAAGUGUUCCCAGCCUUGGGAAUUAUCGCAGAGAAAGUUCCGUCUACCUCCAAUAACGAUGAUGACUUGCUACGUGGUUUGGUUAUACAUCAUAUCAAGAGCACUAUAUGGGCUGUCCGUGAGCAGGCUGCCAGAGUAUACGCGUCUCUUCUCCGAUACGGCGAUAUGUUGUCGUCGAUUAACGCAUUGAUGGAUGAUGAUUUAGCCAAAUUAUCUCAGAUAAAUCUACAUGGCAAAAUGCUGUGUGCGCGAUAUACGUUGCUAAGGGCGUGGCAUUCGACUUAUUGGCGCGACAAUGUCGAUGAAGUGCUCGCGACUGUACGGAAGGUCUUUGCAGGGUUCUUCCCAUUUAUAAGAUCCCCAUUCGGCCAGGGUACAUUGCUUGAUAUCUUGGUAGAUGUUCUUGAGAGCAACGUUAGUUCCGGCAAAGAAGUCAUCUCUAAAACUACCCAGUUCGUGAGCGAGUUUAUCAGCGACUACUCCCUCGAGCAUGGUCUGGCAGAAUUAGUCAAUUCUGGACCCCAGUCUCCAGACAGAAUAAGUGCAAAGCGCGCUGAAUCUUUGCUUCGCCGGUCACUUGCCUGGUGUCUGAUAUUGAACAAUACACUGUCUAUUGUUGUCUCUGCCGCAGACACAUCGCCUGCUGGGCUUAUGGGGCCAUUCUUUGAUCUUUCCGCGAGCGAUAGCGACGCCACCUGCUGGAUUUUGGAACGCAUCCGUCUCGUUUUCCCUAGCUAUGAGGGACAAAGGGAAUUCCUCAGUCUUUAUCUCCUCGUUUUACUUCAAAGCUUUCACGAGGAAAAUGUCAAAGCACGGACCGCCCUGAAUCUUGCAGAGAUCUUGGAAGACGCCUUAGAAAGGGGCAUUGAAGUUGAAUUUUCAAGUAAAUGGGCACGAGUGUCCGAUCAUCUCUCACUUCAAUCAGAAGAGAAUAUUUGGAGUCGUGAACUCGGUGAAAAUGUUCUUCGAUUGCAGGGGUCUUUGUUGACCUUGAAGCACAUGCAUGCAGAGAGUGCAGAUCCGACCACAGAGACUAAUGGUGGGCUUGACUCGCUUGAUCUUCGACGCUGGGCUGUAAGCCUUCGAUCUGCGCUUAGUGAAGAAACAGUAUUCUCUGCCCGAUCAUCAGCCAUCAUGUCACUGAAAACGUUCAGUCGGAUUCUCCGUAAACCCAACCAGGCAGCUGACACAACACCUGAUACUCUUGACAUUUACUUGAUACUAUACGACAUGCUAAAUGACGACGAUGACGAACUUCGUUCCCUUUCAGCCCCGAUUGCUUCAUGGGUACUCUCUCACUCAGCCAUUUUCCCUAAUCAAGCGGUCACACUUGGAGCUCUGCCUGCGAGCGAGAGUCUGGUUAAAUUCAUAAUUGAAAAUUAUGCGACGCAACCAGCCUUGUUUCAACAUGUUAUCACACGCUUGAUGAAGGAGACGCUUUCUCAGAAGAAGCAAACAGACUUCAAAUCUUUUGAGACGUUGUUCGAGGACUAUUCCAAGGAAAGUCUCGCUCUUUUCGAAGAAGAGAAACAGAACUUAUUCAUCGACGAAGUUCGAGAAAUCGAUAUAUGGACAAAGGUUCUCAGGCAUUUGGACAAAUCUGCCUAUGAUCAAAACACUAUCAACAAGCUUGCGGCUUGGGUGUCAAAUGGCUUGACAUAUCUCAACAACAAAGUGACAUCUUCUGCCGUUGACGGUCAGGAAGAUGAUGUCCUUGGCUGGACCUCAAAACCUGAGGUUUAUACCCUGGGCUGUUUGCUAUUUAAUGUUGCGUCAUUGCUCAUCGCCACUUCUGAAAUGGAAGUGGCUGGUAGCUUCCAACGCGCCCUGACGACUUUGUAUGAAAAAGGUCAGAUGAUCUCUCUGCAUUCUCAGUGGCUGGAUAGGAUUCAAGCUACGAUUUCUCUCUCGAGAAAGAUCUAA